AUGAUCCCUGUUCAGUUCUCCAAAUACACUCAUGUAUUCCUGCCAAUAUGCAUCAAUGGGAAUCACUGGGUGUUGCUGGUUGCAGACGUAAAGCAAAGACUUGUCUACGUUCUGGACUCUAUGAAUGGGGAGGUUGGUCAGAAAUGGACAAGGAUGUGGGCAGAAUUCAUGGCCAAUCGGGACAGACUUCCAGAUGUUACUGAACAGUUUGGUGUGUGGAACUUCCCGGAGAUCAGAAGCAGCAAACAGACCGACAGUAAUUCAUGCGGUGUGUUCACCCUGAUGAAUGCGGAAUGCAUUGCCAAGGAUGUUCCCAUAGCAGUCAUGAGACAAGUGCAUUGCCAAAGAUAUAGACAAUAUGUUAAGGCAUCUUUGCUCAAUGCUGGAGCAGCAAAGUCGGACUCUAAGUGUGACAUGCCAGAUUGUAGGAUACCUAAAGGACACAAAAGAUGGGUCCAGUGUUGCGUGUGUGGACGUUGGCUCCACACAAAGUGUUGCAGGAUUCCGACAAAGGCAGCCAUCGAGGAGGAAUACGAAUGCUGCUUCUGUGAAGCCAUGUAUAGAUAG